ACAUGAACUACUUCAAUGUGUAACUUUUCAGACGUCUUUACUGAUAUUCCAGGUGUUACCUCCACGGUAGUCCAUAAGAUUGACUUAGUGACGGACAAUCCUAUCAAACGAAAAUUAUACCCAGUUCCAGUUCACUUUAGGGAUGCAUUUGACCGAGAGGUAGACAAAUUAUUAAAACUAAAGAUCAUUGAACCUUCAGUAUCUGCAUAUUGCUCACCAGUAGUCAUGGUUAAGAAGAAGGAUAAUUCAUGUAGACUUGCUAUUGACUUUAGAGGCCUUAAUGCUAUACUUCGGUGGGAUGCUGAGGCUAUGCCCUUAAUAGAUAGCGAUCUACACAAAUUUUAUGACUCUUCCUUCUUUUCAGAGAUUGAUAUUGUGCAGGCAUAUCAAGUAAUGUUAGAUCCUUCUUCUAAGCAGUACACCACUUUUCCUACACACCAAGGACUGAUGCAGUAUAGAACUAUGCCCUUCGGUUUGGUAACUGCCUGUGCUACCUAUGUGAGACUGAUGAGAAAGGUCUUGGAUGACUAUGAAAAGGAGUUGUAUUUUAAGAAAAGUACCACAACUGGUGGCUCACCAGUAUUUUGGUACAGACACCUGGGCAGUGUUCCAAGAAGUUUCUCUGUGUUCCUUGCUAAUGAGUUCUUUGAUGUGCUACCUAUUCACAAAAUUUGUAAAACAGAAGAUGGAUGGAGAGAAGUUCUAAUUGACAUAGAUGAAGGAGAUGGACCUCAUCACCUGCGUUAUGUUCUAUCCAGAGCUGAAACACCUGCUACAAAAGUUUUCAUUCAGCCUGAAGAAACACGUGAUGAAAUUGAGGUGAGUCCAGAUGCUGCAGUACUUUGUGAAGAGCUGGCAAGCAGGAUAGAAGAAGAUGGAGGCAUUGCUCUUAUUAUGGAUUAUGGGCAUGAUGGCAAAGAUUCCAGUACUUUCAGGGCAUUCAAGAAUCAUGCACUUCAUGAUCCGCUGUGUGAGCCAGGCACAGCUGAUCUGACAGCUGAUGUGGAUUUUGCUCAUCUAAAGGGACAAAUUCAAGAAAGGGUGAUCACAUAUGGUCCUGUAACACAAUCUUCAUUUUUAACAAAUAUGGGCAUAGAAUUCAGACUUGCUAAUUUGAUGAAACACUGUCAUCUUGAUGAGCAGAAAUCUCUCAUCUCUGGGUUUAAAAUGUUGACAGACCCUCUGAAGAUGGGAACUAGAUUCAAGUUUCUUGCAUUUUUUCCUGCAGCAGUUAAGGAUUUCCUUAAAAAACAUCCUCCUGCUGGAUUUUACAGGUACGAGGAUUAAUGACAAUAUUUCCAAAUAAAAUUGGUGUAGUAUUUUGUGAAAUGUAAAUAAACACUGUAUGAAGAUAUUA